UGUUAAGACGUCAGAAGUCUCUAAUUACGGACGUCCAACAUUUGCAUGCUGAGUGUGACUUCCUCUCUGACUGAUCACAAGUUUUCACAAGAAAACAACCUUUUAACAAGAAUUGAUGUGGAAAGAGCAGUCACUAAACAGUGAUAAUUACACUAGGAAAUUCUCAACGUAAACGAAACAGACACCAAUAUAAAAGCAGACGUGUUUGCUUCGAAUUAGUAUAUAAAUACUUACUGCUCAAAAUUCGUUAUCGAAAUAUCGACUUCCUACUUUCCAAGGAAAAAGACUUGCAAUUUCGUUUGAGGAUAUUGUGUGUGUCACAUAGAGCAACGAAAUGCAUUCUUCUCCGUGUGGUGCAAUAUUUUUGGCUGUUCUUUUUAAUCUUUUCAACACUGCUGGUAAGUCGUUAAUUACUGUACAAUUGACUAAAUAGGACAAACAGGGGUCACUAAAUUAUAGUUCGCAUCAUGAAAGUGAUAAGAUUACAACGGGAUUAAGACAAUGGAUUAUUAUUAUCUACCACAAACGACUUAUGUAAUAAAGAUGCGCAUCUAUGUAUUCACAAUAAUGAUGCGCAUCUAUGUGUUACUGGCUUUCAUUUGUUUUCUACACCUGUGAUAAACAUCUGAAAGAUAAACUUCAAAAAUUUCAAAAUCGUGCAGCCCAAAUUAUAGCUAGCGGUAGCUACGAGACCAAAUCUGCUGAUGUUCUCCGAGAUCUUGCUUGGGAUAAUUAGAAACAAGGCGAUGUACAACUAAAUCAAUACUAUUGUCUAAUCAUGACCUUACUGAUUUAGCCCUUGCGAAGCCUAGAAGUGAAUUCCUCAAAAAGAGCUUGAAGUAUAGUGGCGCUAUAAACUAUGAAAUAGUCUCUCCAUUGAUACAAAACUGGCAGAGUCGACUUAUUCAUUCAAAAAUUAUUUGAAACAGAAUUACAAUAACACAAUUCAUUGAAACAUAUUCUGUAAUAAACAUACAGGGUCACACCAAUUAAUCAAUACCAAUUAUACCACGUAUAUAGUUAUUUAUCCUUCCUUUUUGUACUUUCCUUGUAAUUUUUAAAUUGUUUGACGCCCCCCGUGGAAAUCAACGUACUGUUGACGGGGCUAGCGUCUUGAAAUAAAGUUUUACAUACACCCUAUAAUAUGUCGUAUGAAUAUUUCACUUUUCCAGUAAUAUCACAGUGUCCCAAUGACCAGCUUCGUAUAGACUGUUCGUGCUUCGCAAAACAGCAUCAGUCUGAUAAAGGCGUCACGUGGGACUCGGCCAAGCAACGUUGCUCAGAUAUUCAAGCUACACUUGCUAGUAUUCAAUCACCCAAAGAGAAUGAUAUGCUAGGAAGGUAUUUGAAAAGUGGCGACAACUGGAUUGGCUUAAAAGCAGAGGUGAAUUCAUCGCUUUUACUGCCCAAUGGAGAGAAAGCUACAACUCUAUUUCCCAACGUUAAUAAAAAGAGUUUUGAUAGCAGAACAUGCAUCGCAAUACGUCCAAACAGAAUCUGGACGGCAACAGGUUGUGACGCUGUUCAUCGCUUUAUCUGUCAACGACCCUUACGAAAAGGUAAUCUGGAUCAAUUUUCAUAUUAACCAAUAUCAAUUUAAAUACCUAUAGUCCCCAUAUUGGGAAUAAAUCCCAAUAUUCCCCAAUCCUGAGUGUAAUCCCAAUCUCAAUAUUAACCCUUACCCUGAUCCUUUAUCAGACUUUCAACUAAAUCAAUAACCCUCUCCUCUUAUUGAACCCCCUCUCCAAUAAGCCCCCUCCUCCUUAUUCAGCCCCCUCUCCAAUAACCCCCCUUUCCAGUAGCCCCUUCCUCCUCCUUGUCCCCCUCUCUCCUGUAACCCCCUCCUUCUUGAGUCCUCUCAAUAAGCCCUCCUCCUUGAUGAGGCCCUCUUCCAAUCAACCCUCUCCAGUGGCCCCCUCACUCCUCAGCUACAUCUUCCAGUGACCUGAGUGUCACCUCCAGAAUAGGCCCCCCCUCCUCUUAUUGAAGACCCCCUCUUCAAGAACUCCCUCUCAGUAGCAGCCCCUCCUCCUCCUUCCCCUCUCUCGUGGGCCCCCUCCUUCUUGACCCCCUCUCCAGCCAAAGCCCCCUCCUCCUUAUUGAGCCCCUCUUCAAUAACCCCCCUCUCCAGUAGCCCCCUCCUCCUCCUCCUCCCCUCUUACCCGUAACCCCUCCUUUUUGGCCCUCUCUCUCCAAUAAGGCCCUUCCCUGGAAACGUGCCUAAUGUCAUUUGAUAAAACAAUAUUUUAAUUUCUUUAUUGUAUGAUCCAGUGUGCCGGAAAGGAUGGAAACCAUUCAACAACUUGUGUUACUGGAUAUCAAAGACAACAUUAAAUUUCAAUAAAGCAAAACUAAACUGCACUGCGAGGGCAGCAAAACUUGCGGAAAUUUCUAAAAAAAAUGACUACGAGUUUCUUAAAAAGCGACUUUAUGAUGGAGCUGACAACAUAGUCGCCUGGUUUGGUUUGCAAAAAGUUGGCAACGUCACGAAGUAUACAUAUUCCCAGAGCUUUGAGCCAAAUUAUACCGCAAUUGGAGUGCAUUUUAUACCAGACAUAAGUAAACAUUGUGUCACUAUGGUACUUGCUAAACAUGACGCCACUUGGGAAGCGAAAAAAUGUGACUUGAAGCUGAACUCUUACGUGUGCCAGACUGAGAUAAACAGAGGUAAGAACACCCCCCCUCCCCCCAACCCCAAUAAUUUUUAAGUUCAAAAGUUGGUCAAAAUGGAAAAUAUUCUGUUAAAACAGUUGUUCACUUGUUAGUUUUUGAAAUUGGUUUACAUUGUCAACGAACUAUAUAUAGUAGUACUCAAAAGCGCAAAGAAAAGUACUUUGACUCGCGCGAACUUUUCACCUUAACAAGUAUUCAGUUUUCCUCCAUCACGAAUUUGAUGGAAUCAGACUUUUGAAAAGUUGGUCAAAAUGUUCGCCAAAAACUUGGUCAAAAUAUCAGGAUAUCCCCUCCCUCCAAUGUUAUUAGCGAACUUAAGCAAGGCUUAAUCUAGUACGGGAACGUGACAAGAAACAGCCUUAAUUUAUGUUAAAUUUUACACUUUUAAAAUUAUAAAGAACUACUGUUAUUGAGAGCAUCAACAAGCCGGACGAAAGUGCAAAGAGGACGGCUAAUAAUAUCAAAAUACAAGAAAAUGAGCAGAAAUGAACGGAAUCCCACGGAAGUUUUAGACGUCGCCGUUGCUCUGUUUACAACGGCAAAAUACAGAUUAUCACGUUUUGUUUACAACGCUUUCAUUUCAAACUGAGACAACUGCUACUUUCAAUUAGACUUUCUCACGAUGACGAAUAUCCGCCAUUUUUGGGUGGCAUCCAAUUCUCGUUAACCAAUGCAGACAAUUAAAACAAUGUGAAAAGCAAUUUUUCAAAAUAAACUAACCAUUUACAAAGCAAAUUUACCAUCAUUUGUCCAAAAAAUUAUCAAAAGUCGCUGUUAUGUGGACUUAUCUCGCAGACUUCGGCUGAAAUUCCUCCCAAAAAUGCGGCGUGAGAAAGGUUAUAAUUGGGUCCUACGAUUUUUUUCAAUCAUUAGCCCUGCGUUAACCUCAAAUUUUAAACUGUAUUAUUUCGCAUACGAUGGAUAAUAGACGACAAGUUUUCUUCUGAAAUUAUUUGGUUCAACGAGUUCGAUUGCCCCGUCCUACAUGCUAAGGUCGCUAACGACUUCGCGGCGUCCAUGUACAAGAAAUCGAUCUUCACUCACCUUUCUAAACGAUAGCCAUCUUUUAGAUUUUAAUAUAACAGUCACGUAUGUGAAUGAGACGUCAGCGAACAUUUCAUUGUCAGUCAAUCCUUCCCAAUGUGGACUACCUAGAGAUUCAUAUUUCAAACUGAGCGAUGGGAGCGAAGUAAAACGCCAAGAAAUGGUAACUAAUUCACGGUUGAUGGUGAAUGAUCUGAAACCGAACAGAAAAUAUAUAAUUGAAAUCACUGGUACUAACGUCAAGAAAUCCACCAAGAAAUUUCAAACAACUGAAAUAAGUAAGUGAAUUCAGGUCUAGAAACGCUUGUCGUUCCGUGAACGCCUAAAUAAGACUAAUAAGUCUAUAGCACACUGUACAAGCAAAUAUGCAAGGGUAAUACUUGAUUUAAAGCGCAUUUCAUCACAUCCAAAUGGAAAUCUGGGCUAUACAAAUGUUAAUCGCAAUCUUCCCUGUUUUAAUUCAAGAAAAUCCUCUACAGUUGCUGAGACGCAUUUCCAGUACAAAGAUACAUGCAAUGAUUGGUGAUACCGUCAACCUAGUCUGUGCAGUAAGAGGUGAACCUCCAAUAAUGCUCAGGUGGGAAAAAGAUAAGAGGAAAAUGGAAAGUUACCUUGAAACAGAAAAGCCUCAUCGAAGUUCUAUUCUUUCAGUGAAAUUGAGUAAUCAGACAAGUUAUGGGGAAUAUAUUUGCCACAUUCAGGAUCAAUUUAGCAACAUGACUCAUACAUUUGUGGUUGAUAGCUUACCAAAAGGUAGGUUUGUAGUGGUGAUGAUGAUGGUGGUGGUGGUGGUGGAGUGAUGGUAAUGAAGGUGGUGAUGAUGAUGGUGAUGUGAUGAUGGUGGAGUGAUGGUGAUGAUGUGAUGAUGGUGGAGUGAUGAUGAUGGUGAUGUGAUGAUGGUGGAGUGAUGGUGAUGAUGGUGGAGUGAUGAUGAUGGUGGAGUGAUGAUGAUGGUGAUGUGAUGAUGGUGGAGUGAUGAUGAUGGUGAUGUGAUGAUGGUGGAGUGAUGAUGAUGGUGAUGUGAUGAUGGUGGAGUGAUGGUGAUGAUGAUGGUAAUGAUGGUGGAGUGAUGAUAAUGGUGAUGUGAUGAUGGUGGAGUGAUGGUAAUGAUGGUGGAGUGAUGGUAAUGAUGGUGGAGUGAUGGUAGUG